AUGUCAACCGCGGAGGAACUUCUGCGCGACUUCGAGGAAGAUGAAGACUUCCAGAACGAGGAAGAUGUCGAGCAAGAGCCCGAGGAGGACCAGGGCCUUCAAGGAGGCGCGGAACCGACCAACGAGUUCGAUCGCUCAGUAACAACGACCGACGAAUUGACCCGGCUACACAAAGUCCUGCGCGAUCACUACUCCACCCGAUUCCCCGAACUGGAGACUAUGGUUACAAGCCCGAUCAAAUACGCGAAAACCGUUGCGAUUCUGAAAAAUGGACCCUUUGACGAUAUCAAGGCACUUUCAUCGUCGGCGGAUAAUAUGGCUGGCGAGCCGCUCAAGUCUGUGCUGGAUGGGCCGUCUCUUAUGAUUGUUGCGCUUGAGGGAACUACCACCCGAGGACGAGAGUUGAACGAAUCUGAGCUUAAGCUCGUUCUUGAUACUUGUGAGAAGAUUCUUAAGCUUGAUCGCGAGCGUACGGCCCUCACUCAGAGUAUUGAGUCCCGCGUGAAUUCGAUUGCGCCUAACUUGGCAGCCUUGAUCGGAUCGGAGACAGCAGCUCAGUUCCUCAACCAGACCGGUGGUCUUCUUGAAUUGGCCAAAAUCCCGGCGUGUAAUCUGGGAGCCCAAGGUUCAAAGAGACAGGAGGGAUUGGGCUUUGCUACCAACCACGGAGUCCGUGCGCAGGGUUUCCUCUACGAUUCGCCUCUCAUCCAGGAAGUACCAAAUGACCUCAAGAAGCAAGCUAUCCGAAUUGUAUCUGCCAAGAUGGUUCUCGCAGCUCGCGCAGACGUUUCCAACUACAACAAGGAUGGCUCUCUUGGUGUCGAUUUGCAGGCGCAGUGUCUCCAGCGAUUGGAGAAGUUGACCGAGCCCCCGCCCAACUCCGGAGCCAAGGCCCUUCCCGCCCCCGAUGACAAGCCAUCUAGGAAGCGUGGUGGACGACGUGCCCGAAAGGCUAAGGAGGCCGUGGCCAUGACAGAACUACGUAAGGCACAGAACCGGGUUGCUUUCGGCAAGGAGGAAUCAGAAGUCGGAUACGGCACUGGCGAAGGCACUGUGGGUCUGGGUAUGCUUGGACAACAGAACGACGGCCGCAUCCGCGCCACACAGAUCGAUCAGCGCACACGUGCCAGACUCAGCAAGAACAACAAGGGCUGGGGCGCAUCCACCCCUGCAGGUGGUACUGCUUCGUCGCUGCGCGGUUUCGGCCAGGGCGGCGUCGGUGGCACUGCCAGUGUCCUACAAUCCAGGGGCCUGCGUUCGUCGGGCGUAGGAACAUCCUUGAAUGCGGGCGCUGGUACUGCCAGUACCAUCGCAUUCACUCCCGUCCAGGGUCUGGAGCUCGUCGAUCCCAAGGUGCAGGCCGAACUCAACCGCAAGCGCAAGGCCGAAGAAGACCGUUGGUUCAACUCGGGAACAUUCACCCAGGUCGGCGGUCAGAGCAAAGAGAAAGACGGCUUCAAAGUGCCCGCUCUUCCACCCAAGAAGAAGGUCGAUAUGGGCGACGGUAAAAUGGGUCCACCACCCAAGCCAUAG